AUGCACCACCCACACUACUGGCGAAACGUGCUGAUCAUCCUGCCCAUCGUGGGAACGGCGAUCGCCUUCGCCUCUACUCUCGCCAUCUGUGUGAAGGUGUCCAUCGUGCUCUGUCGCCGCAUUUUGGGAUCGGUCGACCGAUUCCGCCACUGUGCAUCCGCCGUCAUCGUCCUAGUGACUUUGUGGGGAUUGACCACGGUGGUGGGCAACACCUUCCAGUGCUGGCCGGUGCAGUAUUUUUGGAUCAAGCACAUCCCCGGGCAUUGCAUGGCAGGCCAGGAUACCUUUUUCACCACGAUUGGAGCUGUCCUUAUCUUCAGUGUCUUGCGUGUGAUCGAGCUCAGGCACUAUCAGCCGGAUGAUUUCUCUUGUGAGUGUUUCCACGUCGGCUCUGACAUGGGCGCUAACCUCCUUGUCCUUGGUUCAACCAGCAAUUCGUUUACUCUGUUAUGGACGAUCCUCGAAUUGGACAUGGCCAUCAUCUGCGGCUCGCUGCUACUGCUGAAACCGAGGUAUAAGGUACUGCCCAAGAACGAGGAUAUCCGGGCCAUUACACUGGCUGGGACGGAAGCCAGGUUCCUCGGCUGGGUGGACUGCACCAUCCCGCAGCAUCCGCGAGGGCGUUGUGUUGAGAGCUUUGUCUUCUGUACUAAUACAUAG